CAAGCCCAGCUGAUCUGUGAUGAAACACGAGUGUGUCGGGGUCAUCAGUGUCAGGGAAAGACGAUCAGGUCUGGAGCCUGAGAGGACUCGAAUACUUUCCACCACCGUGUUACAGCUUCCUGUCUCUAAUUUAUGAGCUGAAGCUGCGAGGGUGAGGUUAAAAGCAACAGAGAAGAUAUUUUAUUUUGUAGGAUUUUCAUAGAGAAAUAUGUCUGAUAAGCAGGCGGUCCGAGCUUCUGACAGGAAACCAUCCAGCAAUAAGAACAUAAAGAAGCUCCGCACUCUGAGCGUGGUGUGCAACCUGACAAGCAGCUGGCAGCAGUGGGUGACUGACAAUGAGAAGAAACAAGCCAGCGAGCCUAGCGGCUGGGCUCCCUCAUCCCUCGGAGGAGAAACAGAAAAACCCUUCAAGAAAUGGGUCCCUAAAAAAACUCCUCAACCUUCUUCUAAAAGCCCCUCAGAGGCUCAAACAUCUCAAACAUCCAUCGCUGAGCAGGUUGGGACUUCAGAUGAGGUUCUGCCAUCGUCUUGCAUCAGAACAAAGCAGGUGGUGAAGACCGUGACCAGCAGCGUUCAGGAGAAGAGUGCAGGCGUCGGCCUCCUGACUGAGAAGAUAAAGAAGGAGUCUCUUCCAUCAAGCGAGGAAGUCGACCAACUGCUGCGGAAGAAAAGCUCCCCCACACGACGCAGGAAGUGCUCCAACAUGGUGUCCUCUCUCACUAAAAGCUGGAAGCAGGUGGAGCAGGGGAGGACGCUCAAAGAAGGAGGAGAAGGACAUGACUAUGGAGAAGAUAAAGGAGAGGAGGAAUCCGGUACACAAGAUGCUCUGAUAGAGAAGAUUUCAACACCAGAAGAGUCUAAACCUACCCGUGACACUGUGAGGAUAAAGAGACCCCAAGCUUCAACAUACAGAAAAGAAGCUGAAGAUGCCAACAAAAUCAACGCUCUCUCCAAGACAUACAGCACCGUGGGAAACCUCAAGAGCCGUUGGCAGAACUGGGCCGUAGAGCACACGGUGAACCAGAAACUGAACCCCUUCAGCGAAUACUUCGACUACGACUAUUCCAUGUCACUCCGUCUCCAGAAAGGCCAAGAGGGCUACGGACGCCCCAAAGAAGGGACCAAGACAGCAGAGAGGGCCAAACGAGCCGAGCAACACAUCCUCCGUGAGAUAGACGACAUGUGCUACGUUAUCAGGACUAUGGCUGAUCCGGACCUCGACGGAAAAACCCGUGUCACUUUUGGGGAGCUUUUUGACAGAUAUGUCCGGAUCUCGGACAAGGUUGUUGGGAUUUUGAUGAGAGCGAGGAAGCACGGGAAGCUGGAGUUUGGAGGGGAAAUGCUGUGGCAAGGCCAGGAUGAUGGAGUGAUCAUUACUCUGCUGGUGUGAGAUAAAAAACAGAGUGGAUGAAGUCACCUGGAUCACCCUGAACAACAAGCUUGCUGCCUUUUUUAGUAAACUGAUUCAUGCAUAACAAAAAAAUAAUAAUUCUUCAAUUUAAAGACUAAGUUCACUGAGAAACCAUUUUGUUAUUUUUGAAAUAUGAUCAGUCACUUUGAGUCUCACAAGCAGGCUAAAUGUGAAACAGUCUCCUACCUCUAUCACCUGCAUUAGCGGCUGAUAGAAAACAGACGGGGAAAUGCUCGAAGUACAAAGUCGCUUCGAUUUUUACGUCUUAAUGGUGAAAUCAGCAUUCAUGGAUUUGUAUGUUGUGGAUUUAGCGUCCAGGAGAGAGCAGAGCACGUCUUGGCUAGUAGAAGCUAACCGUUAGCAUUAGCAACUCCCCAGCUUGGCAGAACUCCUUCAGGCUUGUGUUGUUUGUGUAGAUAAAACAUCAGCAUUGCAGCGUGAAUAGUCAGUGAUAGAGUCGCAUUGCUGUUAGCCAAUCACAGGCAAGAUGUCCGAAUAUCAGGAAAUGAGACUCCAAAUCCUUCGGUCUUCUGCUCACCUCUCCUCUGACUCACUUCUAGUUCCUGACACAGGAGCACUAGAGCCUUUUUCCCACUGAGAUCAACUCACAGGGAUUUAUUUAUACUAGAGAUCACUGCAAAUGUGUUGAAAAAAUUAGUGAACUUGGUCUUUUAAAAAGUAAAAGUCAUUGAAAUGUU